AAAAAAAUAUAUAUAUAUAUAUAAAAGAAAAAUGAACCGGCUAGCGCCAGUAUCAGAAGAGCCUAUAAACGAAGAAAACUCAAAGAAAAACUGGACGACCAAGAAAGCCCAAACAUGGCGAAACUGGUUAUCCAACCAUUUCCCUCAGCUUUUCAACAAGAAAUCUGACCUCAAGAUUCUACUAAGUGUUAUGGGUUGCCCUCUUUUCCCUCUCUCUGUUAAUCCCAAACACGCCCUUACUCAAGUGUCUUCGUCUCCCCAAUACAUAAUUCAGCACUUCACGGCAGCCACCGGCUGCCGGAAAAUGGAAGGCAUCGUCAAGAAUAUGUAUGCCACCGGGAAUGUUGCAAUGGCCAUGGUGGACGAGCCCGGUUCAGCCGCCACCGGAGCUAGCAGUGCGAGUGAGUCAACUCAGAAGGGUUGCUUUGUUAUUUGGCAAAUGAUGCCCGAUAAAUGGUUGAUCGAGCUUUUUGUCGGUGGCCACAAGGUUGUGGCUGCCUGUGAUGGCAAUGUGGCCUGGCGGCACACACCCUGGCUCGGUGCUCACGCCGCGAAAGGUGGUGUUCGGCCCCUUAGACGUGCUCUUCAGGCAACUAAAUUGCUGCAAAAAAUAUUAAUUCAGGGACUUGACCCGGUGGCUAUAUCGUGCGUGUUCUCCACGGCACAGUACAUGGGUGAGAAGCAUAUGUCGGGUGUCGAUUGCUUCAUGCUGAAGCUAUCUGCCGAGCCCUCUGACCUGGCAGAGCGAAGUGACAGCUCAGCAGAGAUGAUCAAGCACGUGACGGUCGGUUACUUCAGCCAGAGGAGCGGCUUGCUUGUCCACCUGGAAGACUCGUAUCUGACGAGGGUCCAAACUCCCGGGUCCCGACCCAUGUACUGGGAGACCUCGACUUGCACGAGGAUCGAGGACUAUCGGGCUGUGGAGGGUAUGAUGAUUGCCCACUCCGGCCACUCGAGUGUCGUUAUUACCAGAUUCGGGGAUUGCCUGAGGGCGGUGACUAGGAUGGAAGAGACGUACGUGAUUGAUGAUCUGGCGUUUAAUGUCCCGGGGCUAUCGCUGGACUCGUUUAUUCCUCCCAAGGAGAUGCUCAAGAGUUACUAUCCGGAGGAGGGUCUCGACUGGAGUUUGCCUUUGCAUCGCUAG